AAAAGACUCCGCGGGGUUUAAGCCUCGGCUUCUUUGCGUGCUUGCGUGUCGUUUCCCUGUGCCAGACACGGAUAGUCUAGGUAGUCCAGUCUGCCGUCCUGGCCUAGUCUCAGCCUGUGUCUCUGCACUACCCACGCGCAUAGGCUUUUUUUUCCUGUUACCUUUAUUUUUCGCUUCUGAUCGACAAACGUUGACGACUUCCUCUUGGCGUACCAAACGGGUGGAUCGAAUCGGUCACAACCACCUUGUGCAUUCGAUCACUGCCGCCCACGCCGCCGCCCAAAAACCUCUUGUUCUCGUCGCCGGGAUGGUGCGACUUCAGAAUCCUUUCAAGCUCGGUGACGACCUCUGGGACCCGUCCCACAGGUACGAGACGUCCUGGUUGCUCCCGCCGUAUGCCUUGGCCGCUUGUCGUGCCGUCUUUGGCCUCUAUGGCAUCUUCGUCGAGCUCUUCUCGUCGGGCUGGUACUGCACGCAUCCGUCCCUUGGCGGGUGCGAGCAGGCUGGCGACAGCUUCUCCUACUUCACCGUGCUGACAUACUGGGGGCUGGCCUUUUACAACCUGACGGCAGCGGUGCACACCUUUACCUACGCGCGGACGGGCACGCCCCUGCUGGACCGCUUCCCCCGCUCCCUGCAGGCGCUCCACGCCUUCUACUAUACCACCGUGACGACGUAUCCGUUCAUCGUGACCGCCGUCUACUGGGGCGUCAUCUUCCCGGGCGUGUGGUUCACAGAGGAGUUUAGCGGCUGGAGUAACGUCUCGCAGCACGCCCUCAACAGCUUCUUCGCCCUCUUCGAGAUCGUGGUGCCCCGCACGCCGCUGCCGCCCUGGGUCCACAUGGUGUGGCUUAUCUUCGUGCUGGCCCUGUACCUCUCUCUGGCGUACGUCACGCACGCCACCAAGGGCUUCUACACGUACACCUUCCUCGACAUCGAGAAGCAGGGGUCCGCCAUCACCGCGGCGUGGAUCAUCGCCAUCGCCGUCGCCGCCGUCGUCGUCUACCUGCUCGUCCGCGGCGCCCUUUGGCUGCGCCUGUGGCUGACGGAGAAGAAGGCCGGCAUGGACGGCCGCUUUGCGGGCCAGCCCGCCGCGCUGAGCAGCACCGCCGAUGUCGAGCUUGGGAACUACAGGAGCCAGGAGCCCAAGCCGAUCGACCCCCAUCAUUAUUAAGGUGGCCGGCGGGCCGGGCGCCUGUCCGGGGUAGUUAGAUGUCUCUCCUUUGUCGGUGCAUCUGCAUAGCCGUGCUUCAUUUUUCGGAUAGAAUUGUCUGGUGGAUAUACCCCUCUAAUAGUUAUUGGGCUCGGACAUGGCCACAGGGCGAGUUGAUAUAGAAUAAUACAAUAUUGGAUUGGCAGGAUUCGACCAACUCAUUGGCCCUGUAUCACAAGUGAAACAAUACUCUCGGAGCUCAUCGUCGAUGUAGAAUUGCUCUGGAUACUCAUGAAUCAUAGCGUCAAUCGAGGCCUCAGGGACGAGUGCUUAGUCUGUUGAGGUUCUGAAGAUGCUUCGAACUUGAGCUGGAUGCCAUCGUGACAAGACCCUGCGGAAGUGCGCUCCAGGAUCUGAGGAAAUCGGAAGGACGUAGCGAGUCCAGCAUCAGCUUUAAAGAAUGGUUUGCUCUCUUAAUCAGUGGUAAAACACCACUACAACAUGCGUCGGUGUCACACACUCAACAGCCAUGAUAUGGUAGAAUGAAGUCCCGGUG